UAUGAGUCUAAUCAAAAAAACUUAUUCUUUUUAUUUCUAAAAAAGUGUUAAAGAUUUUGCAGAUAAUGGAAAAGGGAAAUGCAGCUGAAUUUAAAAAUAAAACACUGGAAGAGAUAGAUAUUAAUAUGGAUGAACUAGAUAUAGGGAAUGAACCACGCCAUAUGGAAUUUAACGAAUCUAUGCAAUCCGAAACUGAAUUCUUUGAGUCGCAAACAGAAUAUAUAGAAAAUAAAGAAAAAGGACAAGAGGAAUCAAUGAAAAUACAAUCAAAGAAAAUGUAUCAAAAAGACGAAAAAGAAAAAUAUUUUGAUAAAGUAGAUAUACACCAAAUUGUUAAUGUACCAGAAAUACAACAAUCCGAUGACAACUUUUCACAAAAAAAAAGGUGAAAGACUAAAAUGGACUUGUAACCAAAAACGUAUUAUGCGAAGAUUUUUUUCAAACCAAAUAGCAUCGAAGAAAGCAUUAAGAAAAGUUGAAUGCGAAGAUUUUAUUAAGAAACAUCAACCUAAUUUCGAAAAUAUUUCUUGGUUAAAGGUUAAGACAUUUAUUUUCAAUGAGUCAAGAAUGAGAAAGGAGGAUUCUUAAUUAAUCUAAAAUUCAACAGUAAAUGGACUUUUGUUAAAAAAGACAUUUUUGUUUUAUAUUUUUUAUACAGUGUGUCUGCGUAACUUGGGUAACGCGUAAUAUGGGAAACUUUUUUAAUAUCAAUUUUACGAAGAAAAGUUAUUCUCUAUAAAGUGCUCUGCAUAGUCCAAAACCUAAGAUGCAAUCAUCAGAUAUCAAAUUUUAUCAAUAAUAUACGAGGUAUGUCCAAAAAUAUGAAUUUCGCUCAAGAGUA